AUCUCGUCAAGCAGGUUGGUCAGAGUUUGAGAUGCUUCUUCUUCAGAGCACUUCCUAUAGAAAGAAGUAUCUCUCUGGAUAGGAAGAAAUAUACUAGAACCCUUUGAAAAUGGAUAUUUUCACAUAUUUUCCUUCAGAUACAAAAGCCGGCAGUCACUGAAAUAAGGACUUGAAGUUCCUUCCUCUUUUUUUAUGUCUUAAGAGCAGGAAAUAAAGAGACAGCUGAAGGUGUAGACUUGAUCAACUGAAAGAGAAAUCUUCAUCCUCUAACAAAAGAUGUGAUUCUCAAAAAAUGCAUCUGGAAAAUAAUUGAAGAAGAGAUUCUGUAGAUUCUCCCAGCACUUUUGGGCUCUCAAUUCCUUCUGUGAAGGACAGCGUAUGGUUAUGGGGAAAUCAGAAGCUUUGAGACCCCCUACAUCUGGAUAUGAAUCCCCCUUCUAAUACUUACCAGGUAAGAAAGCUGAAGUCCAGAAAGAGCCGAAGUGACUUAACUGGAGCCACACAGUAUGUGAAUCACCAUAAUAGAUUGCUAUGUGUUUGUUCUGAUGGCUCUGGAAGUGUUUAUCAUUUUUUCAGAACACAGAUUGUAUUACUAAUUAUUCAUUUGGCACUCUCCUGGGAUCAGGAUAUAUGAUUUCUGAAAUGGGAUCUCUGCUCUUCAGGAGCUCCCGAUCUAGUGGGAGGACAAGGUGUAAGGAACAACUGACCUACUGCAGCACGGUUAAAUCCUGAACAAGUCUCUACUGAGCUCCUGUUAUUAGCUAGGCUCUAUUCCUGCAGAGAGGCUGCAGGACUCAGAAAGACAAACUCAGUUCCUGCUGGGAUGGAACUUAUAUUCUAGUUGGGGAGAAGUUUUAGGAAUAAGAUAUUUUCAGACAACAAUAUGUGCUAAGACGAAAGUCAUUUAAAAUGAGUAGCAAGAGAGAUGGUCGUUGGCAAGAAGGGAGAGAGGCGCUUCUUCAUCCAGGUGGUCAGGGAACGACUCUCUGAGGAAGAAAUCAGAUAAGACAUGAGAGAGCCAAACGCUACAGCAUUUGUCCAUGGUGUUCUGGAAUCUGUGCUUCAUCACAUGGGUGGCGGGAGCUGGUGACGUUUUGGGCAUGGAAAUGAAAUACUCAGGCUUGCUUCUUAGGAAGAUGUGUCUGGUGGUGGAGGUGGAAGACUGUUCUUCCGGAGACUUUGCGGACAAGGGAAAGGCAAGUGGGGAGACCAUAUCUUUAAAGGCCGUUGCUGAUCCUGCCUUGUUCCUUGAUUGCAGUCCUUGUAAGAACAACUGUCAGUUGUCAGCAAUGGGGAUAAUGCAGUGACCUUAACACCUAUCCCUGGCAUUCUGUAAGGCGCAUUGCACAGAACCCCCUUUCUUUCUUCCAUGAACACUCCUUGCUGUCAGCAGACAGCCAGGUCAGCAUCAGCAGCCAGGAGGUAGCAUCCUGUACUUUCCUGUACUUUCUGGUUCCACCUGGACAAAGUGGUCUGGACAGACUUUCCUUCUCACCUGCAUGGUUCUACCUGCCUCCUGUCCAAGAUUAAUCUCUCCAUGGUAUCAGGGACCCCACUUCUUCUGGCUUCCUGGGAGAAAGCAGUCCAUGCACCCUCUCCUCACUCUCACUUGUAUUUGUCCUCACUGACCUGCUGACACAUUCCCCUCCAAGUGGAAUCCUGCCCAAAGCCCUCUCAUCUCCAGAAAUGAGCAAACACUUCCUCCUGUCUUCCUGCAUCAUGCAGCCUCUAGAAGGCAUGGUUCUUCCCCACAUUCCCUCUACUCCUCUCUCUCCACCCUGAAGCAAUCUGUUAUCUCACCCCAGCUGCACAUGCUGAGAUUUUGGUGGCCAAACCAAGACUCUUUGGUGGACACUUUUUAGUCCUUCUGAUGCCCAACUCCUCUGCAGCUUCUGAAACUGAUGUCUAGUCUCUCCUCCAAGCUUUCUCUGUCUGGAUUACCAAGGUGGUCUCUCUGCUCUGCUCCUUGCAUUCCUUUUAGGUUUGUCAUUCUUUAUUUUCCAUUAGCCCUGGCCUACUCUUAAAGGCUGAGGUUCCUUAGGGAAAUUCAUCUGCCCUCCCCUGUGGGACAACAGAAACACUCCAGGCUUGUUACAGAUGCCCCAGGCUCCCUCCAGCUGCUGAAACCCAGACCCCGCUCCGAGCCAUACCCCUCCCCACACUGCUGCCCUGGGAAUUCUCCAGCUGGAUCCCCACCAUAUUUCAAAAAUGAAGGGGAUACUCAGGGCAGAGUUCUGAAUCUCAAAAUACUCUACUCUGGCAACGGAAUGAAGUUAUUGGAGUGAUGACAGGAACAUAGGAGAACAAUGCUCUAUUUGGGCUGGAUAUUUCUUUGGCUUGUCGCAGGAGAGAGAAUUAAAGGAUUUAAUAUUUCAGGUUGUUCCACAAAAAAACUCCUUUGGACAUAUUCUACAAGCAGUGAAGAGGAAUUUGUCUUAUUUUGUGAUUUACCAGAGCCACAGAAAUCACAUUUCUGCCACAGAAAUCGACUCUCACCAACACAAGUCCCUGAGCCCCUCCCCUUCACGGGUAGUAAGGACCUAUCUGAUGUCCAAUGGUGCCGCCAACCUUCGAAUGGAGAUCCAUUAGAGGACAUUAGGAAAAGCUAUCCUCACAUCAUUCAGGACAAAUGUACCCUUCGCUUUUUGACCCCAAGGGUGAAUAAUUCUGGGUCAUAUAUUUGUAGACCCAAGAUGAUUAAGAGCCCCUGUGAUGUAGCCUGUUGUGUCAAGAUGAUUUUAGAAGUUAAGCCCCAGACAAAUGCAUCCUGUGAGAAUUCUGCAUCACAUAAGCAAGACCUACUUCUUGGGAGCACUGGCUCUAUUUCUUGCCCCAGUCUCAGCUGCCAAAGUGAUGCACAAAGUCCAGAGGUAACCUGGUACAAGAAUGGAAAACUCCUCUCUGUGGAAAGGAGCAACCGAAUUGUAGUGGAUGAAGUUUAUGACUAUCACCAGGGCACAUACGUAUGUGAUUACACUCAGUCGGAUACUGUGAGUUCAUGGACAGUCAGAGCUGUUGUUCAAGUGAGAACCAUUGUGGCAGACACUAAACUCAAACCAGAUAUUUUGGAUCCUGUCGAGAGCACACUGGAAGUAGAACUUGGAAAGCCUUUAACUAUAAGCUGCAAAGCACGGUUUGGCUUUGAAAGGGUCUUUAACCCUGUCAUAAAAUGGUACAUCAAAGAUUCUGACCUAGAGUGGGAAGUCUCAGUACCUGAGGCGAAAAGUAUUAAAUCCACUUUAAAGGAUGAAAUCAUUGAGCGUAAUAUCAUCUUGGAAAAAGUCACUCAGCCUGAUCUUCGCAGGAAGUUUGUUUGCUUUGUCCAGAACUCCAUUGGAAACACAACCCAGUCCGUCCAACUGAAAGAAAAGAGAGGAGUGGUGCUCCUGUACAUCCUGCUUGGCACCAUCGGGACCCUGGUGGCCGUGCUGGCGUCAUGUGCCCUCCUCUACAGGCACUGGAUUGAAAUAGUGCUGCUGUACCGGACCUACCAGAGCAAGGACGAGACGCUUGGGGAUAAAAAGGAUUUUGAUGCUUUCGUAUCCUAUGCAAAAUGGAGCUCUUUUCCAAGUGAGGCCACUUCAUCCCUGAGUGAAGAACACUUGGCCCUGAGCCUAUUUCCCGAUGUUUUAGAAAACAAAUAUGGAUAUACCUUGUGUUUGCUUGAAAGAGAUGUGGCUCCAGGAGGAGUGUAUGCAGAAGACAUUGUGAGCAUUAUUAAGAGAAGCAGAAGAGGAAUAUUUAUCUUGAGCCCCAACUAUGUCAAUGGACCCAGUAUCUUUGAAUUACAAGCAGCGGUGAAUCUUGCCUUGGAUGAUCAAACAUUGAAACUCAUUUUAAUUAAGUUCUGUUACUUCCAAGAGCCAGAGUCUCUACCUCAUCUUGUGAAAAAAGCUCUCAGGGUUUUGCCCACAGUUACGUGGAGAGGCUUAAAAUCAGUUCCUCCCAAUUCUAGGUUCUGGACCAAAAUGCGCUACCACAUGCCGGUGAAAAACUCUCAGGGAUUCACGUGGAACCAUCUCAGAAUUACCUCUAGGAUUUUUCAAUGGAAAGGACUCAGUAGAACAGAAACCACUGGGAGGAGCUCCCAGCCUAAGGGAUGGUGAAAUGAGCCCUGGAGCCCCCUCCCGUCCAGUCCCUGGGAUACAGAUGUUGCUGGACAGAACUCACAGCUCUGUGUGUGUGUGUGUUCAGGCUGAUAGGAAAUUCAUAGUCUCCUGCCAGCACCAAGCAAGCCUGAUGGACAAUGGAAUGGGAUUGAGACUGUGGUUUAGAGCCUUUGAUUUCCUGGACUGGACAGAGGGCGAAUGAAUUCUCUAGACCUUGGGUACUUUCAAUACACAACACCCCUAAGAUUUCCCAGUGGUCUGAGCAGAAUAAGAAAAUACAGCUACUUCUGCCUUAUGGCUAGGGACUGUCAUGUCUACCAUGUAUUGUACAUAUGACUUUAUGUAUGCUUGCAAUCAAAUAAAUAUUAUUUUAUUAGAAA